AAUAAUUAAGUUAAAUAUGAUACCGACUACAUGUUUCUUGGUAACGAAGGGGUACCCCUAAAUCUCAGCCGGGUUUCCCAAGAAAAUUAAAAAGGCGUUCCUAAACCACUUGAUCAGUGAUCGGCAUCAACAUCAGCGGCAAUAAAUCGAAGGGAUGAGUUUUCCUGGUCCCAACGCUGUGACCUGGUAGUUUCCUGGGUCAAUCAAGCAGCGACCAUACAGGCAUUUCCAAUCAAAUAAUCAAUAUAUAGGAAGCAGCGUCACCGCCUUUGCUUUUGUUCUUCAGAAGGUGAUGGGGCGGAGUGCAUCGGGCCUUGCUCUUUGGCUAUUGCUUUUAGCGUUCGUGGGGGCGGUGAUGGCCCAGGCAGACCGCGUCAAUAAGUCAUCUUCGGGAGGGCUGUUCUGGUCGACGGCAAAAGAGGAGGGGGAUCUGAUGAGGAAGUCAGAAGCCCAGGAAUCCACCGUGGGUGUCAACGACAACGCCGACCUUGACGGAGGAUUUUCUUCACUCGAUGGAAUGUUGCAGUGGGCCAUAGGUCAUUCUGAUCCAACAAAAUUAAAGGAAACGGCACAAGAUGUCCAACGUUUCUCUCCUAACGAGCUAAAGAAGCGUCAAAUGGAAAUAAAGGAACUAAUGGAGAAACUGAAAAUGCCAUCAGAUGCUCAGUUGAUGCAAAUUGCAAUAGCUGACUUGAAUAACUCCUCCCUGCCAAUGGAAGACCACCAUCGUGCACUACAGGAGCUUUUGAUACUCGUUGAGCCAAUAGAUAAUGCAAAUGACUUGAACAAACUUGGAGGCCUUACUGUAGUAAUUCGUGAGCUUGAUAAUCCGGAUCCAGAGAUAAGGAAAACUUCUGCAUGGAUUCUUGGAAAAGCCAGUCAAAAUAACCCAGUAGUCCAGAAGCAGGUCCUGGAACUUGGGGCAUUGCCAAAGCUAAUGAAGAUGGUAAAUUCUAGUUUUGUGGAAGAAGCAACAAAAGCAUUAUAUGCUGUUUCAGCCUUGAUCAGAAACAAUUUAGCUGCUCAGGAAUUGUUUUAUGCCAAAGCUGGAGAUUUGAUGCUUCAGGACAUACUGAGCAACCCAAGCAUUGAUAUCAGACUACGCAGGAAAACAGUGUUUCUUGUGGGGGAUUUAGCUGAGUGUCAACUGGAAAGUACCCAUAAAGCUGAGCUACCUUUUUUUAGCAAUCGCCACUUCUUAAAAUCUGUGGUUGAUCUGACUGCAUCAUCUGACCUUGAUCUACAGGAGAAGGCCCUCAUUGCAGUUAAGAAUCUCCUGCAACUCAGGACAACUGAAGCACUAGUUUUCAAGGACUACUGUGAUUUGGAUGGGGCAUUGGAGAGGAUGAGGAAGCAACUGCAGCAAUUAAUGGACGAGGAAUAUCAAAGAGAUUAUGUGAUGGAUUUAGAAAGUCUUUGCAGAGAAGUGGAGCUCAUUUUCCAUAAAAAACUGGGGAAGGUGACACAUGUUCCAACAUGAUGACAUCAAUCUGGUCUUUCAUUAACAUAAGUAAGCAAGUCAUCUGGACUAUAAUGUUACUAUCCAUGUGUGGCUCUUCAUCUGUCAGGAAUCUGUGCAUCAAAGUUAUUUUGAGGGAAGUUUUUACUCAGAGAGAAGGGUUAGGUUCUGCUUCAACUCCCAAGUUUGAACUUUAGUUGCUCAGCUUUAGCAAAAAGAAAAGAGGUUGGGCUGUGUAAGUGUUUGAUGUUGAAAUAUGUAUAAUUUGAAUGAGAGGGCAUGGAAAGGUGGUUUAAUAUGAUGACAUCAGUUCUUUGCAAUAUUAUCCACUAUUAAGUAAGGUUAGAUAUUGGUUCUCAA